AUGAGGACCCUCCAGGGGACAGCUGCGCACCUCAUCAGGACCGGGUGGAGAUUCUGGCUCUUGGGGCUCUGCAAGGCCCUUGUCCCACUGCAGGCGGCCUGGGCUGCCUUCUCUCAGCCUGUCCCAGCCAGCUAUGACCAGCUGUUGAUCCAGCUUCUCCUGUGUGGUUCCCUAGCUGUUGCUGCUGCAGGUCUGGCCCACCACUGGCUAGCGUCCUCGCUGCUUUAUCCUCUGGGGCCCUCGGCCAUGGUGGCCUCUCUCUGUGGCCUCCUGGUCUUACUAGGCCUGGGCCUGGUGCCUCCAGCUCGCUGCCUGUUUGCACUCAGCGUGCCAACUCUGGGCACAGCACAGGGCCGCCGCCUGCUCCUAUCCUGGAGUACUGCCACCUUGGCUGUCACCGUGGUGCCCAAUGUCUUGGCUAACGUGGGUGCAGCUGGACAGGUGCUGAGGUGUGUCACCGAGGGCUCCCUGGAGAGUCUUCUCAACACCACUCACCAGCUACACACAGCGUCCAGGGCUCUGAAUCCCACUGGCCGAGGCCUGACACUCCAGGCCCAGGGCAAUGGCUCUGUCUUCCGGCUUCACAUGCUCAAGGUCACUCAGCAGGUCCUGGAGGACUUUUCUGGCCUGGAGUCCCUGGCCCAGGCAGCAGCGCUGGGCAUCCGGCGGGUGGUGACAGGGCUCUUUAUGCUGGGACUCCUGAUAAACUCAGCCCGGUACCUCCACUGCUACCUGACUGACCUGCGGUUUGAUAAUGUCUACGCCACACGGCAGUUAGCCCAGCAGCUGGAAGAGGCCGGGGCCACACACCUGCUGGCCUCCCCACCAGCCUGGCUGCUCAGGGCGGCUUGGCCAAGGCUGUCCCAGGGGGAGCUGCUGAGCUGUCUACUAAGGCUGGGGCUGCUCACCCUGCUCCUGGUGGCCACAGCGGUGACCGUGGCCACAGACCACGUGGCCUUCCUCCUGGCACAGGCAGCCGUGGACUGGGCUCAGAAGCUGCCUGCUGUGCCCGUUACGCUCAUGGUCAAGUAUGAUGCUGCCUACACCGUCCUGGACUUCGUCCCCUUCCUCUUCAACCAGCGGCCUCUGGAGAAACCCUUCCGCUCUGCCCACAGGUCCUUCCAGUGGGAGCUCCGCUUCGCCUCGCCCGGCUGCCCGCUGCUGCCCGCCCAGCGCCCCCUCACGGCCGCGCCCCUGGCCGCGGGGGCCCUGCAGCUGGUGGCUUGGUCCACGGUCCUCCUGGAGACCUACGCCCGCCGCCUGCGGCACACCAUCGCGGACUCCUUCUUCACGGCCCAGGAGGCGAGGAGGGUCCACCACCUUCAUGCCCGGCUCCAGCGGAGAUACGACAGGAGCCGAGGCCAGCAGCUGCCCCCGCAGGCUCCUUUGAUCCCCACACCUGGACCUGCCAGCCAGCACCCAACAUGGAUAGACGUGCCUGGACGUACUGGACCCCUGAGGACAGAGAGCCCUGGAGAAGAGGGGAAAGAUGUUUGGAGUCACACAGACCUACGUUGUCAUCUUGGCCCUUCUGCCGCCUCCCUGUGUGACCUUGGGUGGUGGCUGCACCUCUCUGAGCCUCGUUUUCGGCAGCCACACAAUGACAAUGAUGCGAGCUACUUUCCACACGGGAAUGCGGGAAGGACAGAAUGAAAUAUUGGGCAUGAAAGGCCCCGGUACACAGAAAAGGGCUAUGCCAAGCGGAAGGCAAGGAAGUGCAGAAAUGGCUCAGGGCUUCUCAGGCAGGUGGGAGUCGGUCAAGGCUCUCACCCCCAUCAAGGUUACCUGGCCAGUGGAGACUUCCCUUGUGAAUGUGCCUAAAUGCGCCUGGAACUUAUUUAUG